CUCUCUCUCGAGCCACAUGGCGACGGGAGAGCACGUCGCCACGACCCUCGGCUUCCCGGCUGCGUUUCGGUGGCGCAGCUCCCAAUCCCCCAGCUGUAACGGAAUUAAGAAGGAAAAGAGAUGGUGGUCCUUGGAUUUUCCACCACUUUGGCCCUCGGUGACAGAGGAGCUUGGGCGGCUUGCAGAGUCAACCGCUUUGCUACCUCAAGUGUCAGGUUGUGCCGCAAGAGGUCUGCAGUGAUCAGAGCUGAAGUGAGAUUCGUGAACGGCGACGAGGCGAAGAAGCUUGUUACAGAGGAAGGAUUCACGGUUCUGGAUGUUCGAGACAGAAUCCAAUACGAGCGAGCUCGCAUCACCUCAUGUUGCCAUGUACCCCUCUUUGUGGAGAACCAGGACAACGACUUUGGCACCAUCAUCAAGAGGACAGUGCACAACAACUUUUCCGGCUUGUUCUUUGGGCUAGCGUUCACUAAACCCAACCCCGACUUUGUGCAAUCAGUAAAGCAGCAGUUUCCCGCGGACAGCAAGUUGCUGGUGGUAUGCCAGGAAGGGUUGAGGUCUGCUGCAGCAGCUAAUACCCUAGAAAAACAAGGCUUUGAGAAUAUAGCAUGCCUCACCUCUGGUCUACAGUCAGUAAAACCAGGAACCUUUGAUUCUGUUGGUUCCACUGAGCUGCAAGAUGCAGGCAAGGCUGGUCUUGUGACUAUCCAAGGAAAGAUUUCUGCUGUUCUUGGGACUGUGCUAAUCUGUGCCUUUCUUUUUAUUACAUUCUUCCCUGAACAAGCAGAGAAGUUGCUUCAGAUGAGCCCUGCAAGCUAGCAGUUAUGAUGUUUCAGUCGCACCCAUCUCUAGUUCCAAAUGUUGAUGUGAAAUCUUCUUAGAAGCUUGCUUUUCUUUUCAGGAUGAAGGUCUGAGUGGGUCUUGUGAGGAGAAUGACCAGGCACAGGAGUUGAGUUUUUGCCAUGCAGAAUUCCAAGCGAACAUGCAUUGCUUGUUGUAACGAGUGUAAAUUUAAUGGGUUAAUCUCAGUGGAUCCCAGCAACAAAAUGGCAAUAAUUCACUGCUACUGUUUCUAUUUCCAAUUGUUAAUCUUCGGAUAGAAGUGUCAUCACGAUUUGGAAAGCAAAGUACCUCACAUAGAAACACUUCAUAGUUUGAA